AUGGCAUCCCUGAAACCCCCAUUCUCAUUCGCAACAGCAACAAGCAAAGUCAAGGCUGCCCAAGCCCUGUGGAACACUCGAAACCCAGAGCAGAUAGCCAAAGCCUACACUGCCGACUGCAUCUGGCGCAACCGUACUUCAUUUCUCCGCGGCACUGAAGACAUCGUCAAAUUCCUGACCGCUAAAUGGAACCGAGAGCAAUCCUACCGGUUGCGAAAAGAGCUUUUUUCAUACACCGAUAACCGUAUCGCUGUGCAGUUCUGGUAUGAGUUCCAAGACGCUGCGAAUGGUCAUAGGUGGACGAGAUGUUAUGGGCUUGAGGACUGGACUUUUAGUCAGGAUGGAAAGAUGGAGAAACGUAUGAUGUCUGGCAAUGACCUUAUUCUGGGACCAGAUGGAGAUGGUACUGGUCGUUGGUUUGUUGAUGGAGUUGAUGUUGAUGAGGUGCAGAUUGAAUCUGAGCAUUGGUGA